AUGGCUCAGGUGGUUGCUACUAGGUCGAUUCAAGGCUCAAUGUUGUCUCCCAACGGUGGAUCCCUGUCUACGAGAUCCGACAAGUUCUUGAAACCGGCGAGUUUCGCGGUGAAGGUUCUGGGAAACGAAGCCAAGAGGAGCGGAAGAGUCUCUCUGAAAGGCAGAAGAGUGUUUGAUACUACUGUGAGAUCAUCCGCUCGUGUGGAGACCGAGGUGAUUCCAGUGUCCCCUGAAGACGUGCCUAACAGAGAGGAGCAAUUUGAGCGGUUGUUGGAAAUGCAGAAGUUUAGUGACACGUCUGUAGGGAUGUGGUCGAAGCCGACAUCAAGGAGGAAGACAAAGAUUGUGUGCACUGUUGGUCCUUCUACAAACACAAGGGAAAUGAUAUGGAAACUGGCUGAAGCUGGGAUGAAUGUUGCUCGGAUGAACAUGUCUCAUGGGGAUCAUGCUUCUCACAAGAAGGUUAUUGAUUUGGUCAAAGAGUACAAUGCACAGUCUAAGGACAACACUAUUGCUAUCAUGCUUGAUACCAAGGGUCCAGAAGUUAGGAGUGGAGAUUUACCCCAACCGAUUAUGCUUGACCCUGGUCAGGAGUUUACUUUUACGAUUGAGAGAGGUGUCAGCACACCAACUUGUGUUAGUGUUAACUAUGAUGAUUUUGUCAACGAUGUGGAAGCAGGAGACAUGCUCCUUGUUGAUGGUAUGUUGUUCUCAUUAUUUGGUGUUUACAUCUCCGUUGGGAUGGGAUCUCAUUCAUUUCUUUUUAAUGAUUGUUCAGGUGGUAUGAUGUCGUUUAUGGUGAAGUCUAAGACUAAAGACUCGGUGAAAUGUGAAGUUGUUGAUGGUGGAGAACUUAAGUCUAGGAGACACUUGAAUGUCCGAGGGAAAAGUGCAACAUUACCUUCAAUUACUGAGAAGGAUUGGGAGGACAUUAAGUUUGGAGUGGAGAACAAAGUUGACUUUUAUGCAGUUUCUUUUGUCAAAGAUGCGCAAGUGGUGCAUGAACUGAAGAAUUACCUUAAAGGUUGUGGUGCUGAUAUUCACGUGAUAGUAAAGAUUGAAAGCGCAGACUCCAUACCUAACUUGCAUUCCAUUAUCACGGCAUCUGAUGGGGCAAUGGUUGCAAGAGGUGAUCUAGGUGCAGAGCUCCCUAUUGAAGAAGUACCCAUACUUCAGGGAAAGAUCAUAAACCUAUGCCGAAGCAUGGGGAAAGCUGUUAUUGUUGCGACUAACAUGCUUGAGAGUAUGAUAGUUCAUCCAACUCCAACCCGGGCGGAGGUUUCUGACAUUGCUAUUGCUGUUAGAGAAGGUGCUGAUGCUGUGAUGCUUUCAGGAGAAACUGCUCAUGGAAAAUUCCCAUUGAAAGCUGCUGGAGUGAUGCAUACAGUUGCACUGCGAACAGAAGCCACCAUUACUACUAGUAGUGAAAUGCCAGCUAAUCUUGGGCAAGCCUUUAAGAACCAUAUGAGUGAGAUGUUUGCAUACCAUGCAACCAUGAUGUCAAACACACUUGGAACUUCAACUGUUGUCUUCACCAGGACUGGUUUCAUGGCAAUACUACUAAGCCACUAUCGCCCUUCUGGCACAAUCUAUGCUUUUACAAAUGAGAAAAGAAUACAGCAAAGGUUAGCCUUGUAUCAAGGUGUAUGUCCCAUCUAUAUGGAGUUCUCAGAUGAUGCAGAAGACACUUUCGCGAAUGCUUUGGCUACACUACUGAAACAAGGAAUGGUGAAGAAGGGAGAGGAGAUAGCGAUUGUACAGAGUGGGUCACAACCAAUCUGGAGAUCUCAAUCGACUCAUAACAUUCAAGUCCGCAAGGUGUAAAGCCUCUGAAGGCGUCUCAAUGUUUCACCUGGUCAGAGUGUUUUUUUAUUUAUCUGUGAAACCGGUUUGCGGUUAAUUUUCCUUGCACGUCCUUCUUGUGCACUCUAAAACUUGAUUUAUCUUUAUUCAGUUUGCUUUACUACGAUUAUGUUUGUGACAGACGUUUUUGCUAGCUCAUCAUUAGUUGUUUUUGAGACAGAUGGUAAUUUAGAUGAGUAAUAAAUGGGUUAG